UGAAAAAUGGAAAGGCAGCCAAUCCCAAACUACUAAUUUUGAACAAUGUGACCUUUGAUGAUGCUGGGAAGUAUGCAUGUGUUGUUUCUGAUGACCUAGGCAGCUCGUCUAACAAAAGUACUUGGAUAACUGUUCUUCCAGAAUCUCUGGUAGUUGAAUAUGGUGGAAAUUCUGAUAUGCCCCUCGCAAGAGAAGUUAAACAAGAUAUUCCCAGUGCUCCUUACUUCACCAAACCUGAGAGAAUGAAUGAACUUGUUGCUACACCUGCUGGUAAUGCUGUGAGCUUAAGAUGUGCAGCGGACGGGAAUCCUACGCCCAAAAUUAUUUGGCUCAAAGAUGGAGUUCCUAUUGAAAAAAGCAAUCAUGUUCAUAUGCAGAAAUGGUCCCUAAAACUGGAGCAUUUAACUAUUGCUGAUCAAGGGUUAUACACUUGUGUUGUAUCAAAUACAGAAGGAAGCAUAAGUUUCAACUUUACAGUGGAAGUUGUUGAAAGAAUACCACAUCGUCCUAUUAUGAUAGAAAAUUAUCCUUCUAACUUGACAGUUGCUGUUGGAGAAACAGCUGUAUUUGAAUGCAGAUUUAUUAGUGAUCUUCAUCCUGCUUUGGAAUGGGUCAAGUACAUAGAAGUAAAUGGAUCUUCAUUUGAUGCAUUGAAUAUGCCAUAUACAAAAACAGUUGAGUCCACAAACACGAACAAUAGUGGUCCUGAAUUCCUAGUCUUGGAGAAUGUAUCUUUCGAAGAUGCUGGAAAGUAUGCUUGUUUGGUUUCUAAUACUUUCGGUUUAUCUCAGCAGAAUGCGUGGCUGACGGUUCUUCCAGAAUCAGAUGUGAGAGAGCUGGAUGAUAGUAAUAGUCCACAAAUUUGGGUAUUUGCUGCAUUAAUAGCCAUAGGUGCACUUCUUCUAUGUUUAGCAUUGCUGCUUUUUAUGUAUCGACGUCACAAAAUGGAACAGCGGAGAAUCAGAUUACUUGCCAGUAAGCCAGAUAAUGUUUUCUUUAAGAAGAAGGUGGUUUUAAUACACGAGACAUCUGGAAGCUCUGAAAAUGGACUAGCUCCACUUGUGAAAAUCCAAGCAUUUGACCAGCCCCUGUAUGAUUGUCACUCAGCAUGUAUUUCAGAGUAUGAAAUACCACCUGAUCCUGUAUGGGAGGUUCCUAGAGAAAAGUUAAUAAUUGGUAAGGGUUUAGGUCAAGGUGCCUUUGGUCAAGUCAUGCAAGCCGAGGCUAUUGAUUUAUUUGGAGACAAGAAAUCUGUGACAGUUGCUGUAAAGAUGCUGAAAGAGGGUCAUGGUGACCAAGAUGCGAUUGAUUUAAUAUCUGAAAUGGAGAUGAUGAAAGUCAUAGGUAAACACAUUCACAUCAUUAACUUGCUCGGAUGCUGCACACAGAAUGGCCCUUUGUACGUAAUUGUGGAAUAUGCAGCCAAUGGAAAUUUGAGAGAUUUUUUGCGUGCUCGCAGACCAGUACCUGGGUAUGAGGUUUCCAAUACUGAUCGAGAAGUUUUAACUGAAAAAAGUCUGGUUACCUUUGCAUACCAAGUUGCAAAAGGAAUGGAAUAUUUAUCAUCAAAAAAGUGCAUUCACCGUGAUCUAGCUGCUAGAAAUGUUUUAGUUAUGGAAGAUAAAGUGCUGAAAAUAGCAGAUUUUGGUUUUGCUCGUGAUAUUCAUGCAAACGAUUAUUAUCGCAAGCGGGCAAAUGGUUUACUUCCCAUAAAGUGGAUGGCUCUGGAAUCUCUCAUAGAUCGAAUUUAUACUACUCAAAGUGAUGUAUGGUCUUUUGGUGUUCUAAUGUGGGAAAUUAUGACUCUUGGAGGACUGCCGUAUGCUUCUAUACCUCCCGAGAAACUUUUUAACUUACUGAAAAGUGGGCAUCGUCUCGAAAAGCCAGAGAAAUGUCCAGUAGACAUGUAUUUACUCAUGCUGGAAUGCUGGCAAAGCAACCCUCAGGAACGACCAACAUUUUCUAUCCUUGUCAGGGAGUUGGAAGCAUUUAUAAUAAAUGCUUCAGAUGUGGAAUAUUUAAGUCUUGGCUAUGAAUAUGAAGAAGAGUCAACCGAUGAAUCUUCCGAUGAGACAAAUUCAGAAACUCAGGAAAGAACUGUCAAUGUCAGUUAAUAAUGAUAAUGUGAAAGAUGAAAAUAAGUUAUGUAACAAUCUUAUGCCAUCUUUAGAAAAAGGGGGAAAUUAUUCAUGCAACAGUCUUAUGCCAUCUUUAGAAAAAGAAGUAGGUAUAUUAUUAUCAUUAUGGAGCAUUACAUAAGAUUUUCAUUAAUGAAAAUGUUAAAAUGCUUAAAAUGUAGGCUGGCGGUUUAGGUGUAUGAAAUGUUGCUCGUACAAUGAGAUACUUCUGUUUUUAAAUUUUUUGAUUCGAGUAUUUGUUUCCUGUUAAACAAAAUAUAUAUAUAUAUAUAUAUAUAUUUAAUACCAGCCUUUUUGAAUGGCAGCAUCUUUUUGAAUUACUCUUUAAGUAUUAUGUAUGUAAUUUUUUACAUCAAUUUUAAUUACUUUAUUUUGCAUAAUAUUUUACUAAUAUGCUAUUGUAUGCUAUAAUUUCGAAGUCACUAACAGAUUAAUUUCUAAUUAUUAGAGAGUAAAAUAUUUUACAGAACAAGGUUACAAAAAUGAUAUGGAGCUAGAAUCUAUGAUUAGAUAAAAGUGGCUGUGCCACUAAGGGGCAUUUUGUAUUAAAUUUUAGAUGAUGGCUUAUGCUUCCAAUUGCAGCAAAUAUUAGAUGUUGCAAUUUGAAAAAAGAACCUUCAAGUGCUAUUACCAAAUACUAUUUUGGAUUGUGUGGGGGGAAAAUAAUACACCUUUGGUUUUUAGUGGAUUAAAAAAAAAUCCUCGUGUUAAAAAAUCUGCAUAAGCAUUUUACGUAUUGUAUAUAUGAUUGUUUUUUUAAUUAGUUAUUGUAAAUUACCAUCAUCAAAUUGUUUUAAUUAAGUAUUAACAUAUCAGGGAUGCUACAUCUGUUAUUCAUUUUGACUUUUCAUGUCUGAUUGCCAUCAUAAGUGAUGAUAUGCUUUAGGUAAUCGUAUUAAUUGUGUAAUUUGUCAUGCAUUUUUCAAAUUAUGCUUUGAUGAUCUGUAGUUAUUGUUUUACCUUUUUUACACAGUAAUUAAAUGAUAUCAAAUUUUUAUUUUUUUAUAUCCAUAUUAUUCACCUCUGUUUAAAUAAGUAUUCUUAUUAUUUUAAUCUUUGUUAUAUAAAUUAUGUAGGUAAGAACAGGAAAAUAAUAUGGACUUCAAGAUUUAUAAAAAUUCAGUCAGCAUUGACCAUGCUGUGUCAAACUUGUUUUAAGAAUUCAUGGGAAGGCUUAUUAGUGUUAAAGUAUAUAAAUAAAUAAAAAGUAUUUUUGAUAAGCAGUAGAUUUUAGUGCUAUAAGUAAAAAGCAGUCAAUUUUAAUUUGUAUAUUUUUUUAAAUACAGAUUUAGAUGAUCUAGUUUAGAUUAAUUUAAAUUGACAAAUAUUUUUUUAAACGUUUUAAAAGUGUUAAACUUGUAUAUGUAUUUCAAAGACAUGUUAAGAGCCAUUUUAUAAAAAUCACAUUACUUGCUAUAGAGUGAUGGUAAUUUAUCACUUUGGGCUAAAUAAAAAGCUGAAUUAUAGAAGACAUAAAGAAAGCAUUUAAUAUCACUUGGUGAUUUAUGUACCAAAAAUGUUACAGUAGAAGAAUAUUGAUUUCAGUAUGGGAUUUAAAUACUGUUUGAAAGAAGAAAAGUUAGAAAAUUAGUUUGUUUGAAAGGAACCCUGUUUAGAAGAAAGAGGGGAAAGAGGAAAUGAAUUGAAAAUAGAUUUAAAAAAAUUUCAUAAAGUAUGUUUAUUUGUUUGCAAGUAACUGUGAUGUACCAGUCAGUGAUUUGGUGUCUGGAACAAUUUGAUGUAUUUAUUUUGAAAAGAUAAGUUUUCUGUAAAAAAUGUACAAAUACAUAUAAAUAUACAUAUAUACAAAUAAUGUACAACAAAAUAUACAAUAAAUGUACAAAUACAUAUAUAUAAAAGCAGAGAGAUGUGUAAAAUUUUGCAGGUUUUAUAAGUAGACCUUGAAAGUGUGUAUAAAGUGUUCCAGAUCUGAAAAGUAAGUGAAUUUGAAAAACCUUGGUAGUGAACCUUGAAAAUUUCUCUUUCCCAAAAGGUCAGCAAUAGAUUUAAAAAUUAAAAAAGUAGUUUUGUUUCUGCCAUGAUAAAAAAUUUUUUUUAUCAGAAAGCCAAUAAAUUGUGUAUUAAUUUCAGUGUUCAAAUUAAGUAUGAAAAUUAUAAUUUUUAUUCUAUCAGAUUUCUACUGAUACUGUAAGUGUCUGUAUAUACCAUUUUCUGUAUACUUUGCAUUGAAUAGUUGACACUUCAUUAUUAUUAUCAAAUUAAAGAACUAUACUUAUAUUUAAAAGUAAACUCAAUCUUUUAAUUUCCUAGAUUCAGUUUAAUAUAGAAACCAUUUGAUUUAACAAUAAUUAGAUAGUAAAUAUAUUUGAUGUAUUUAAAAUAAUCUAAUAUUUAAUACCUAGAUGUAAUACAAAAAUAUGUAAUUAUCAGCACUAUUUGCAGUAGGUAACUUGUUUUAAAGACAUUACUGCCCUUAGUUUGAUUUGAAAUGCUUUUGAGUUUAAAUUCUUACAAUUCUUGUUAGGAAGUGUAUAUAAAAGCAUCUGAGUGGUGGCAUCCCUGAACCUUACUCAAAUCAAAGUGCAUAUAAAUAUGUUUGUUGUUUUAUUAUUUUAUUCAUGGAUAAAAGAAAUAUAUUAUGGAAAACUUGUUCUCAAGUACAAAUUUUUUUUAUUAUUAUUUUUUCUUUCUUUCUCCCCUCCCUCCAUUUAUAUGUGCAAUUUCAUACCAUUUAUGUUGCCAAAGCAUCUUAUAAGCAUUUAAUACUUUGUGCAUUUUCCAUUUUCAUACUACUUUCAGAAUAUAUAUAUUUGUAUUAUAUGCUGAACAUACAAUUUGUAAUGUGUAUUCUUAAUAUUUAUUACAAAUUAAUCACUGUUUAAUACCUUAUGAAAAUUUGCUAUUGCUUAUUUUAAGCAACAUAAAUUCAUUUGGGCAGGAGGUGAGAAUAUUAAGUUUUAAUAUUUUAAUUUUUGCAUUACUAUCACUGAAUUUUAUAAAAUCCAGUUAAAUCUUUUCAUCAAGAAUGGGUGAAUAUAUAUCAGAACUGUAACUAUUUAGUUUCCCUUGAAUAUAUUAGUUUGUCCAGAAAAUAAUGCAGGUUUUUAACCUACAUCUUUAAAGUAUCAUAACUUGACUCAGUAACAGUUUUAUUAAUCAAAAUAAGCCCCAGCUGAAUCAAUGUAUUUUUGCCAAUGAGAUAUAAGAGAGUAAAAUUUUGGAGUUCUAGACGCGAUAAAGUUGUCAAAAGGCAUUUUUGACCUUGUCUUGGUUUCUGAAGCAUUUCUUCUGUAGAAUGAUAUCCAGAUGUUUGAAAAAGUGGUAAUCGGCCGGCGAGAGGUCUGGCGAAUAUGGGAAAAGAAGGAGAGUCUAGCAUUCCAAUUUGUCCAAUUUCUGUAGGAUCAGUUGCACGAUGUGCGGCCGAGCAUCGUCAUGGAGAAGGACUGGCCGCUUUUUGUUGACCAAUGCCGAGCGCGUGUGUGCAAUUUUUGGUGCAUUUCAUUGAUUUGCUGACAGUACGUAUCUGCUGUAAUCGUUUCGCCCAGAUUUAGGAAGCUGUGGUGGGUGAGACUGGCCUCAGACCACCAAACAGACACCAUAAUUUUCUUUUGGUGCAAAUUUGGCUUUGGAAAGUGUUGUGGUGUCUGACCGCGGUAAAACCACUGAGCCGAAUGUCGCCAGCUGUUGGAGAGAAUCCACUUUUCAUCGCAUGAAACAAUUCGAUCAAGAAAAAGGUAAUUUUUGUUGCGGAGAAGAAGAGCAGAUGACACUUCUAAACGGUGAUUUUUUUUAUUUUCGCUCAAUUCGUGAGGUACCCGCUUAUCGAGCUUCUUUGACUUUUCGAUAUGAUUCAAGUGAUCAGAAAUCAUUGUUUUGCUUAUGCCAAGCUCUCGAACAGUUAUGCAUGGGUUUGUUUCAACUGAAGUCUUCAAAUCAUCAUCAUCAACAGCUGAAGAGAGUUCCCGAUGCUCUUGAUCUUCCAUGUCAAAUUCUGCAUGAUGAAACUUUUAGUAUCACCGUUGAACUGUAGAUUCAUUAACACUUUUCUCACCCAAUACUUUGUUUACAUUUUGAGAAGUUUGUGCUGCGCUGUGGCCUAGCUAGUACUCAUAAAAUUAAAUUUGCAGAAAAUCCCGUUUUGACAUUUAAAAAAAACACCUUGUAAAUAUUUUUUAAAAUAAUUUUGGAACAAAAUGAUAUUAUAAAAAUAGAGAGUGAAAAAAGAGCUUCAAAAUGAUAUAUAAACCAAUGUAAUUCAAAAUAUUUUUGUUUCUAAAAAUGUACAGGAAAGAUAAAUAAUUGCAAAAACUUGCAUUAUUUUCCGGACAACCGGAUACACCAGGACUGUAACUAUCUAGUUGCCCUAAGUAAUGACCUGAGCAGCUAAAAAGGAAAUUAAUUUUUUUAAGUCCAGUCAAUCUUGUCUUAUUUUAUUUAAAUUUCUUUUAAUUUUUCAGAUUCAAUAAACAAAUUACCAUGUUAUGUUUCACUUAUAAACUUAAUACCUGCUGCUGGCAAUUUAACUAAGCCAAAUGAAUAAAAGAAAUAAUGAGAAUGAUAAAAAAAAAUUCUGAAUAUAUAUUACAUUUAUUGCUUUUAAUGUAAAUAAAUAAUCAGUAACAGUGGUCUUGCUAAAAAUUGAUUAAGCAGGUGGACUCUGUUAUCUGAAUUUUUAUUCCAACUCAAAGAAAUGGGAUAGUUAAUCCAACAUGAACAGUUACAAAGAACUGGCCUACCUAUUGGCUUUACAGAGACAAGGCCAUAUCACCAACUUGAUUGUCUAUAUCUAGGAGUGAUAGUGUACAAAUGAGCCAAAUACAGAUUGUGCCUUAAAGCAGGGGUGGGCAAAUAGUUUUAACUACUGACCAAAAAUGGUCUCUUUUGGUGCCUCAUGCAAGCAGGCCUGUGAUGAUCUUUUGAGGUGCUCGUGUCGUUUUCGGGAUAUAAUUAGGAGGAGGGAACAGUCCUUUCCAGUACAAAUUUUUCAAAAAAAAAAAAAAAAAAAAAAGUUACAAAUACACAAAAAUAGAAUCUAUUCCUUAUUUUUUGUAAAAUGAUUGUCAUAUAUAUUGUUUCAUUUUUUAAAAAAAAUUUAAGGAUGAAAUGUUCCUCUAAGCUACCUUUUCUGAUCCAUCUUUUUAUCUCAAUAAUAUUCAUAUUUCAGUGCAUAACUUCUAAAUUAAAAUUACUAGAAAUGAUAGGACUAUUUUCUUUGGCAGAUGCACACGUUUUCUAGCAUAUCUAGUAUUCUCAGCUUAGAACUAUCAUUGGUAUAGUCAUGCAUAUACACUUUAAUAAUAGAUGUUCACGCUUGCUGCUGAUUUUUUAACUUUGCAUACGGAAUUAGGUGGGAAAGAGAUGAAAAUGUUGUAGCACUGGAUUUCAUAAUACAAAGCAAUUAGAAAUUAGUAAGGGCUGCAUUUGACCCACAGGCCAGCAUUUGCCUACCCGUGCCCUAAAGCUACUGCAUAUAAUACACUGCCAUUACUUUCUUUAUUCUUAAAAAUAAUGCAUAUUAUUUUAAUUAGUAUUACCUUAAAAGAGAUUUGCAUGCAUAGAUAUUGUCAUUUUGAUUUAUAUCAGCACAUGGACAUUUUUUUUAAAAGAUAGUAGAAAAAGUUACAAAAAUAAAGAUAAAUUGCUACUCUUGUCCACAUGUACAGAUGUGAAAUAAUUUAUAGUUUAUCUUAUUAACUUCUACAAGUUUGAAAUUAGAAAAUAAUGAAUGAAUGCACCAUUUAACUUUUAAUUCAAAAUUAAAAGAAACUACAAAAUUUGUGUUGUUACUAAUAAUGAUUACACACGUAAUAGCAUAAAUAAGAACUACAAAUUUAAUACGGAGUAAUUGAGUAUGUAUAUCUUUGUCCAGUUCACUAGGCAUAAUAGUUGUUAGUACAUUGGAUUGCAGCUGCAAUAACUCACGUUUAAGUCCUGGUCACAGCAACUUCUACCUUCUAAAUAAUCUCUUCUGUGUGCUCAAAUAUUGAUUAACAGUUGUUGUUAUGAUAUUGUUAGUAGUUUUUUUUAGUAGAUUUAUAAUAAAUGUAUUUUAUUAAACAGUGUGCAGUUAAAUAUACAAAAUGCAACCAGACUGCCAAUCACUACAACAGAUUUGCUUCACUACUGUCUUAUAUGUUAACAUUUUCAUUUGAAUAGAAUACUUUUAUUCAUAAUGAAUCCUGUCUACUGGAUAUCAGUUUAUAUAUAAAAUUGUUUUUCUCAUAUGAGUAUAUAUUUGUGAUGUCUUAUUUAUAAAUUAUGUUUGAGCAAUUUUUUUAAGAGCAUGUAAAAUUUAUAUUUAAUUCAAUAUAAGAUCUUUUUAUAAAACUGAAGGAGUAUCCAUAAGCUCUAGUUCAUUGGCUUUUCAAAUGAGCCAGAAAAGGUCUGGUUUGUCAUUUCAUGAUUAAAGCAUCCCGAAUAAAAUAUGUGAGCAAUCAAUUUAUUGAUUAUUAGUCAUGUUCAUCCUAGUCAUAAAACUAGAAAAAUAUAGAUUUAUAGUUUGUUAUGAUGUGCAUAUGAUGAUAAAAAAAUCAUUUUCCAAACUUAGACAAAAUACUAGUAUCCAGUUAUGUGAAAUACGUUUUGUAAAUUACACCAUAGUAGAGUCAUUCGUUAUGUCCACAAUUAGCUGCAAUUUAUUUUGUAUCAUCCACUUUUAUAAAAUGCUUCUCUCUGUACAUUGAAAUUAUUCCUACGAAGUUACAUAUACUAAAUUGCUAAAUAUUGUCAUGUAUGCUAAAAUAAGCAUCUAGCAGUCUAGAUAGUGAUUUAAGAAUAUCUGCAAGUGCAGUUUUAUAUUUAUGCUAUAUAUAAACUGUAGUUAAAAAUUGUAUGGAAGAAAGUACCAUUUGUUAGUUUAAUGUACCCCCUCUUUCUUUGAACCUCAACCAUUUUGAUUAAUUUAGAAAUGCUUAAUAAGGGUUAUAUAUUUAAAAUAUUUUUAUAAAUAAAUACUGUGAUGUAAAGUUCAUGAAAAUUAGAUUUUGUAGAUAUGAUUUGUUAUGCAUUAUGUGUUUUCAUUAUAUAAGUUGUUUCAAAAUUACUGCAUGACUAAAUAUUUGUUGGAAUAGUUAGUUUUCGGCCAGCAGUUGUAAUUUCAGAAAUUAAUCACAUGAUGACUAGUAUCAUCUGACACCUUUUGAUAAAAAUAUAUAAGUUUUAUAAUUUGGCUUUCUGAAAAAAAAGGGGGGGAAGAAAACUUUUUUUAACUCAAGUUUCUUUUUUCUCUCUCUCUCUCUCAUUGGGGGGGGGCAGGGGGAGGUUAGUUUUGUAAUGUGCAGAACUGUCUCUGAGAAAGUUAUCUAAUUUAGAUGACUUGACUACCUUUCUAUCUAAUGAAAAAAAAUUGGCAUAGAUGCCAGUUUUCAAGGGUAGUAUAAAAAAUGAAUUCCAUUAGAUGAAAAAUUUCAAAACUUUUUAAAAAGGGAAUGUGUAAACCUCCCUUAUCUGUUUGUUUUCCUGCAAUAAAAGGUGUUAAGAAUUUCCAUUACGUUUAUGUAAAUUAGAAGAAAAAGAUUAUACCAUUCUGGGAGAAUUCUUUAAAUUGAAUUUUAAAAAGGAGAAACUAUUGAAUUUUAUAGCUCCAAAGUUAGAUAGCUGCAAAUUGGGAAAAAAAAAAAAAAAAAAAAA